GUGGACAAUGUCUCAUUGCAAGGGUACCAUUCAUUGGCUUUCCAGUGGGAACCCUGUGUAUGAGACCUACUACCGGCAGGUGGAUCCAGCGCAUACAGGAAAAGUUGGGCCCCACGAGGCAGCAUUGUUCCUGAAAAAAUCUGGUCUUUCAGAUGUUACCCUGGGAAAGAUUUGGGAUUUGGCAGAUCCUGAAGGCAAAGGCUACCUGGAAAAACCGGGCUUUUAUGUUGCCUUACGCCUGGUAGCAUGUGCACAGAAUGGCCACGACGUUAGCCUGAGCAGUCUUAAUGUGACGCUACCACCACCCAAAUUUCACGAUACUAGCAGUCCCUUGCUAAUUGUACCCCCUUCUACAGAGAUGCAUUGGGCAGUAAGGCCCGAGGAGAAAGCCAAAUUUGAUGGUAUUUUUGAAAGUUUGACUCCAUUGAACGGCCUCCUCUCGGGAGAUAAGGUCAAGCCUGUGCUGAUGAACUCGAACCUACCUCUGGACGUCUUGGGAAGGGUUUGGGACCUUAGUGAUAUUGAUAAGGAUGGUCACUUGGACAAAGAUGAGUUUGCUGUGGCAAUGCAUCUUGUUUACAGAGCUCUGGAGAAGGAACCUGUGCCCCAGCUUCUACCGUCUGCGCUUGUGCCCCCCUCCAAGAGGAAGAAACAGGCCUCAACCCUUGCCGGUUCUGUAUCAGUGCUUCCAGCUAGCCCUCCCCCUAAAGACAGCCUAAGAUCCACUCCUUCACAUGGCAGCAUUAACAGCUUAAACAGCACAGGCAGCAUCUCUCCAAAGCAUGCCAAACAGACAUUAAACUGGGUCGUGUCGGCUUCUGACAAGAUGCGGUAUGAUGAUAUUUUCCUCAAAAUAGACUUAGACAUGGACGGAUACGUCAGUGGCUUGGAAGUCAAAGACAUCUUCAUGCAGUCUGCACUCCCUCAGAACCUCUUGGCACAUAUCUGGGCUCUAGCUGAUACUCGGCAGAUGGGGAAACUGAACCGGGAACAGUUUGCUUUAGCCAUGUGUCUGAUUCAGCUGAAGGUCGGUAAAGGCAUUGACCCUCCCCAGGUUCUGACGUCCGAUAUGAUACCACCAUCUGAGAGGAACACUCCAGCAUCAGACAGUUCAAGCUCAGUCGGCUCAGGGGACUUCACUGGCAUCAAAGAGCUGGAUGCAAUUAGCAACGAAAUCACGGAACUGCAAAGGGAGAAGUAUGCUCUAGAACAGGACAUCCGGGAAAAAGAAGAAUCCAUCAGGCAGAAAACAAAUGAGGUACAGGAGCUACAGAACGACCUGGACAGAGAGACCACAAACCUGCAGGAGCUGGAGUCGCAGAAGCAGUCUGCGCAGGACAGACUGGAUGAGAUGGACCAGCAGAAGGCCAAACUGGAGGACAUGCUGAACGACAUUCGACAGAAGUGUCACGAGGAGAAUCAGAUGAUUUCAUCACUGAAGAUGCAGAUAGCCAACCAGGAAUCAGAUAUGAAAUCCCAGGAAGAAGAACUGAACAAUGCCAAGACUGAGUUGAACAAACUACAGCAAGAGGAAGUCCAGUUGGAGCAGAGUAUCGAGGCUGGAAAGGUCCAACUUGAGACGAUUAUUAAAUCACUCAAAUCCACACAGGAUGAAAUUAACCGGGCACGAAGUAAGCUCUCCCAGUUACAAGAGAGUCAGCAAGAAGUUAGUAAAAACAUUGACCAGUACAACAGUGCGCUGAAUGGCUCGUUAACGGAUCACGGAGGCAGUAUGACUAACCUGGCAGACAUGAGUGAUGGCAUCACGGAGAGAGACAGUGGCUUCGUUACACUGGACGACCCCUUCAGAGGUAAAGCCUCGCCAUUCAAUAACAGUGUCCAGGAACUACACACGGACCCAUUCCAGUCGGAAGAUCCUUUCAAAACGGAUCCAUUCAAAGGAGCAGACCCAUUCAUAGACAGUGAUCCAUUCCAAAACGACCCUUUUGCCCAGCAGCCGACAACCACCUCAGCAGAUCCAUUUGGCGCAGAUCCCUUUAAAGAAAACGAUCCGUUCCGUGGCUCCUCAUCUGAUGAGUUCUUCAAGAAACCGCCAAAAAGUGACCCGUUUACAUCCGCAUCCUCAGAACCCUUCAGCAGAGAACCAGCCAACACUGUGCCAACCAAAGCCGACCCCUUUGGGAGCAGUGAUCCUUUCGCACCUGCAACCUCCAAGGGCCCAGAUCCUUUUGGGACGUUAGACCCCUUUGGAAGCAGUGCCUUUGGGAGUGGAAGCUUUGCAGAUUUUACGCAAAUGUCAAAGCCUUCAAAUUCUGAUCCUUUUGCUGCUUCUGGCUCUGGACCCUUUGGAGGGUCAGGAUUCCCCGAUGAUCCUUUCCAAAGUAAAAGGGACACUCCAGCACUGCCUCCCAAGAAGAACGUUCCCCCACGUCCUAAAGCACCUCCUAGCGGUAAAAGUACCCCUGUAAACAGGCCCGGCUCGGCCGAUUCCGCCAAGUCCCACGAUCCUUUCCAGCCCUCUGGCGCUGGUGACGGUGAUCCAUUUCAGACUAAAAAGGGGUUUGUCGACCCUUUCAUCGGUAAAGAUCCUUUCGCGCCUACUUCCUCAAGUAAAACUUCUAAAGACUCUUCUUUGGGUUUUGCAGACUUCAGCUCUUUUGGUAAUGAGGAGCAACAACUGGAGUGGGCAAAAAGGGAGAGCGAAAGAGCAGAGCGUGAGCGAUUAGAGCGGUUACGAAGGCAAGAACAAGAGGACCUAGAACUUGCCAUAGCACUCAGCAAAGCAGAAAUGUCCAAUGUGUAAAUAGCGCCCUGGUCCAUUGAAUCAAAGGCAUGCGAGCUGUUACAACAAAGUGCAAACGAAAAUGGAAGGAAAAGAAAGCAAACUGGUUGGACACUGGACAGGAACUCUCAGCCCCCUCUCGUCGAACAGUAUCUAAACAAUCACUUGUCCGGGCCAGUGGAAUAAAUCCCGAGGACUCCAUGGGAGCUGCAAAAGGUGAUGCACUAGAAAUGCACUGUGUAAUUAACAAGAGAAAAGGCUGUACUAUUCUCAGUGAAUCAGUGAUUCCAGCUCCUAUGUUCAUGACGUAUGCACAUGAAAGACUUGAAGCUUUGAUACUGAUGCUAACUUACUUAACUGUGGCAUUGGAGAGAAACCAAACUCCUCCUUCCCUCCAUCCCCCCCCCACCCCCCCCACCCCAAGGAAGAAAUAUAUAUAAUAUAUACAAAGUGCCCAGUUUAUUAUUCCUUGUGUUGCAGGAUACCUAGUGGUAUUUUAGCAGACUCUAAAUGUACAGUGUCUCAUGUCAUGUUUUAUAACAACCCACCCAUCAAACAUGCCUUAGUGUUACUGCAAGGUUGCAGUGAACUAAAAACCCUGGACAGGAGCUGACGGGCUCCAGUGCAGCUUAUUAACCUGAACUUGUACAUUAUGUCAGUUAUAUUUGUCCUAUAGAAUGUUGUGUAACUUAAAAAUACAUUCUGGAAUCUAUCAGAUUUUAACUCAUUGCACAUGGCUUUUCUUUAAUGUAAUAAAUGUGAGGAGACAUUCCUGAACAACUGGACAAUUCAGUGCUCUGCCCCAAUGCUUCACUGUUUUUCACUAGAAUGUGUGUAGAAUAUAACUGUCUUUGUUAUAAUCAA